AUGACAUCCUCCUCCAAAAAUGCAGAUUUUAUUUAUAAUCAUUGUGAUGAUGACGAUAAUUUCUUGAAUGAGGAGCACAAAGUGUUCGUGAUUUCAUCUCUUCCAAUGUAUCGUUCUUUUUAUGAGAAGGCUCCUUGCCAAUAUUAUUAUGGCAACAACAAUAAGGCUCAACAACACGGUACUACUGGCUCCCGAAAGAAACAUAGUAAUCAAUGCAAGUUUGGAUCUCGUUGUUCAUAUUCUCAUUCAGCGAUUUGUAAACAUUAUAAAUCGGAUUACUUGAAUCAUCAUAACAACAGUAAUCCACACCGAAAUCCAGAAAUUAUUAAGAAUCAAACAGCAAUUACAAAAUGUGGUUGUACUUUUGGUGAUAAAUGCAAGUAUAUUCAUCUAGAUUUUGCAGAAACCAAGUCAAGAAGAGAGCUAAAAAUCAUUGCAAAUAGCGCCACUGAAUACUUUAGUCAUGCAUCCGAAGUGAAUUGGUUCAUUAGAAAGGAUAAUCCUCUCACACAAAACAACAUCAAGGCAUUUAUUUCUAUGGUUGGUUUGAAACCAGGAGCAAAAAUUGAAGAAGAGACGGAAUUUUCAGCACAAUCCUUCAUUGAUAUUAUUGAUGUGAAGCUUAAUAGAGAUUGUACACUUUUUGUGCUUAAGGAUGGUACUCUAUGGACUGCAAAAAAUAAUUCCUUACUACAUGGCGUUCAUGGAGGAAAAGUACAUGGACAUCUUGCUACUGAAAUGGAUUGGGAUGAAUGGAAAAAGUGUGACAAUAAGAAUGUCAUACCCAUAGAUCAACUCGAGAGAAUUCCAUUUAUUAACUCAUCGUCGAAACAAGAAGAUCAGAUUGUAAGAAAAUGCUGGACAUCUGGAUCUAUCUUUACUGGUACCUUUAAUUAUUUUAUGACUCGCAAUGGUUCAUUGUAUAGUCAAGGGGUCAAUGCUUGGGGACAACUUGGAAAGGGCAUUGAAAAAUCUGAUUCUUUCAUUCCCUGCCAUGUGUUGUUGGAAGAUUUGGAUGAGAAUGAAAGACCCAUCGAUGUUGCCUUAGGUCAUGAUCAUGCUGUGGUCCUGACCUCAAAAGCAAACGUUUACACAAUUGGAUUGAAUCAAGCAGGCCAGUGUGGAACAGGAAGUGGCAACAAAGACUUCCAUGUAUUUUUCCAAAAAGUCAAAGUUCAAUUCGAGAGGAACGAUGACCAUGUCACCCAAAUAACCUGUGGUGAAGAUUUCACUCUUUUGUUGACAAGACAUGGAGAUUGCUAUGGCUGUGGUAGAAACAAUGUUGGACAGUUUGGGUUAUCUUCAGCCAAAAAUGCCCAGGACGAAUUUGGUAAUGUGUUCAACUUUACCAAAAUUGACAUUCCGCUUCAAUCUAAUGACAAAAUUGUGAAAAUCACAUGUGGAUCGAGUUACUCAUGUUUUUUGUCACAACACGGCCGAGUGUACAUGUGUGGAAAGAAUCAUCAUUGCCAACUCUCAAAGAUGGGAGGGUUAAAAGCAGUUACUACUCCCACUCUCGUUCCCUUAAAGCAUGCUAUUAAGAAAGUAUUUUGCACCCAAGAAUGCAUCACGUUUUUUGUUACCGAGUGCAAUGAAAUUUAUGCUGUAGGAUCCAAUGAUUAUGACAUUAUUCGACCCAUUUCAAGCAGGGACAUGUCUUUUAAUGUGAGCAAACCUUUUAAUGUUACAAGUACUCUCAUGCCAGAUUCUUUUAUUAAUAGGUAUGAGGUAGAACAAAUCCUCGCAUAUAACAUGUUUGUCAUUGUUCAUUUGAAGAGAAAUAACAAAGGAGCAAAUGCCAUGAGACGAAAAUUGUGGAGCAAAACAAGACGGCACAUACAGCUUUCCGACUGCACUGUUGUGACAGAGAAUUAA